AUGAAUCAACCUGACGCUUCCGCCGGCGAACCGCGCGCCGGCCGCAACAGCCGCCUGAGUGCCGUCGCGGUGGAACCGUUGGCACGGCGCCUGGGUGUGACCAAGGGCAGUUUCUACUGGCAUUUCCCCUCGCGCGAUGCCCUGCUGCAGGCGGCGCUGGAACGCUGGGAACUGUUCGAACAGGAACAGGUGUUCGGCAGCCUCGAGGAUGUGCCCGAUCCGCGCGUACGCCUGCGCCAGCUGUUCCAGAUGGUCGCGCACGAAGUGCAGCCGCACAUCAUCUACAGCGAACUGCUGAAGGCGCUGGAUCAUCCGAUGGUGCGCCCGGUGAUCGACCGCGUGUCGCAGCGUCGCCUGGACUACCUGAUUGCCUCGUUCCGCCAGGCCGGGCUCAGCUCCACCGAUGCGCGGCAUCGCGCGCGCCUGGCGUAUGCCGCGUAUGUCGGCUUCCUGCAGCUGUCGCUGCAGCUGCAGCAGCCCAAGCAGGCCCGCGAGGAUUUCGAGGCCUAUGUCGAGCACCUCAUCGAGACGCUGAUUCCGAACGGUUUGAAGAUCGCCGUCCUGGUCACGAGAAAGCCGCGGCACCGCCGCGGCUUUUUUCUUGCGUGCCAUCCACAUAUUGCCGGCGGCACAAAGAACAACGGCCCCUUGCGGGGCCGUUGCUGCAUCAGCUGA